GAAUGGAAAUGGGCGAGUACCCCUACUAAAUUUGUUUUUAGGUUAUGUCAAAUGUUAUAAAGUAUAAAUUAGAUUGUCAAAAGUUGUGAUUGCUUGUGUUUACAUUGUAGUUUGUUUCAACGCUUCUUGUGUGGUAACAUUCGCAAUGUCCAAGGAGGAGCCUCCGUUAAAGAGGUACAGACGCGAAGAAAACAAAGGUUCUGAUUCAGAGGACGGGAGUUACGUUCCAUACGUACCCGUUAAGGAAAGGAAAAAGCAACAGUUACUUAAAUUAGGACGUUUGGGUCAACUGAAAGAGGCGGAGCAAAACAAAACUAAAUCAUCAAGCGAAAACGAGACUAACGAAGACGACGAGGAAGAUGAAAUCUGGGGUAGAAAAAACAACAUUCCCUUGUUGGAUCAACACACGGAACUCAGAAAACUGGCUGAGGCCAAGAAAGUAAGUGCAGUGGAAAGGCAACUGAGGAAGGAGGAGGAGAUUUUAGAAAUUGUAGCCGAGAAAAAGGCCCUUAUGGGAGUUUCCGAACUAGCCAAAGGUAUCCAGUACAGUGAGCCAAUAAAAACAAGCUGGAGGCCUCCAAGGUAUGUGUUAACCCGGCCACACACUGUCCAUGAAAAAAUUCGAAAUGACCUUAGGAUAUUGGUGGAAGGGGACGAAAUACCGCCUCCACUUAAAACAUUCAGAGAAAUGAAACUCCAUGAGGGCAUAAUAUCGGGCCUCAAGGAAAGGAAAAUAAAAAAACCCACUCCCAUUCAAGUCCAAGGGAUUCCCACUGUAUUGUCAGGGCGUGAUAUGAUUGGGAUAGCUUUUACCGGUUCUGGAAAAACCCUGGUUUUUGUGUUACCUUUGAUAAUGUUCUGCCUCGAACAGGAGGUUAAAAUGCCUUUUAUCAGAAAUGAAGGACCUUAUGGGUUGAUUAUAUGUCCGUCAAGGGAGCUUGCCAAGCAAACCUUCGACAUUGUACAACAUUACAGCAUCAGUUUACGAAAGCACGGUAUGCCGGAAAUUAGGAGUUGCCUGGCUAUAGGCGGGGUGCCAGUGAACGAGGCUAUUGAAAUCAUACAAAAGGGAGUGCACAUAAUGGUGGCAACGCCCGGGCGGCUGAUGGACAUGCUCGAGAAGAAAAUCGUCAAACUGUCGGUGUGCAGGUACCUGUGCAUGGACGAGGCCGACCGAAUGAUCGACUUGGGCUUUGAGGAAGACGUCCGGACUAUCUUUUCCUACUUUAAUGGUCAAAGGCAAACGUUGUUGUUUUCCGCCACCAUGCCCAAGAAAAUUCAAAAUUUCGCUCGAUCCGCUCUGGUGAAGCCCAUAACGAUUAAUGUUGGCCGCGCAGGUGCCGCUUCCAUGAACGUUGUACAGGAAGUUGAGUACGUGAAGCAGGAAGCCAAGAUCGUGUACCUGUUGGAAUGUCUUCAGAAAACUACACCUCCGGUAUUGGUUUUUGCGGAAAAAAAACAGGAUGUGGAUGCGAUCCACGAGUACUUGCUAUUGAAGGGCGUGGAGGCGGUCGCCAUCCAUGGAGGCAAAGACCAAGAGGAGCGGUCCCGAUCGGUGGAGGCGUUCAGGAAGCAGAAAAAGGACGUGCUGGUCGCUACGGACGUGGCAUCGAAAGGAUUAGAUUUUCCCGAUAUUCAGCACGUGAUAAACUACGAUAUGCCGGACGACGUGGAGAAUUAUGUGCAUCGGAUAGGUCGUACCGGUAGAUCCGGCAACAAGGGUCUUGCGACCACUUUCGUGAACAAGUCCAACGAUGAAAUGGUACUGUUGGACCUGAAGCAUCUGCUCAUCGAAGCCAAGCAGAAGGUACCCGCGUUUCUGUCAGAGCUUUGUCCCGAGAGCGAAAAGUACCUUGAAUUGGGAGACGAAAGAGGGUGCAGCUAUUGCGGCGGUUUGGGACACAGGAUCACCGACUGUCCGAAACUCGAGGCGUUGCAAAAUAAACAGGCGUCCAACAUCGGCCGCCGCGAUUAUUUAUCGAACACCGCCGCCGAUUAUUAAAAACGAGAUCGUUCUGUACAUAAUUUUUGUUUUUUGUAAAAAAAAUGAUUGAAAUAGAGGUUUUUUUAUUCGUUUUUGA